CCCGAGUAUGCACCGGAGUUUUCUGAAUCGAGAUUCAAUGUAAACAAUUUAAACAAUUAUUGCAACUUAACCAUUCUGUGGACAAUCCAAGAAGAUGAAGGAAUGUAUCACUGUGAAAUAGCAGAGUGGACUGCAAAUCCUGAAUGGAGUGGGACAUAUUUGUUACUAAAAGGAAAAACUCAGAGGACAACAAACUAUACUGUCAUUCAGGGACAGACAAUAUCUGAUCCAGACUGUCCAGGAGACUCAAUGACUCUCCAGUGUUCAGUCCUCUCUGAAUCUGAGAAUAUGACGUGUCCAGGAGAUCACAGUGUGUACUGGUUCAGAGCCGGAUCAGAUAAAUCUCAUCCAGACAUCAUUUACACUGAUGGAAAUGGACAUGAUGAAUGUGACAAGAGAUCUGACUCUCAGAAAAGCUGUGUUUAUCACUUCUCUAAGAACAUCAGCUCCUCUGAUGCUGGGACUUACUACUGUGCUGUGGCCGCAUGUGGAGAGAUAUUAUUUGGAGAUGGAACUAAAGUGGACAGUCAAGCCGCUGUCAUCCUGGAACAAAACAGUGGUUAUCAGAAAACACAACAGAGAGAUGAGGAGACAUGGAUUUAUUCUGCUGUCGUCUUCGGCAUGAUGAAAGCUGAUGGUGCAAUAAAGGAUGCAAAAGCAGCGGAGAGACAGGGGAUCUAUGCUGCUGUCAAGGCUUUUGGGUUGGAUUAGAGAGUUAACAGGUGUGUUUGUCAUCAGUUGGUGCUGUAUGAUCCAGUUAAUGUUAGUCUGUAAGGAGCGAAAGGGUUUGUUAUACUGCCUAUGGCUUUAAGGCAGUAUUGUACACGUUAUACUGUUUAUAGUUUUUAAUGUUGUAUAUAUGUUUUUUCUAUAUGUUUAAACAUAGAUAGAUUGUGUCUUUUUCAUGCAAAUAUGAACACAUGGGAGGGGCGCCCCUGUGGCUUAGUGGUUAAGAUGCCGAAUAUAAACUAAGUCUGGCUGGA